GGGAAUUUUGCUCCAUUAAUUUCUAGGGUUCAUCAUCUCCCCCAAAUUCUCUGAUUUUGCUGAUUUGUGUUAAUUUCAGAGCUCUAAAUUGGAGAGAGUAGAGAAAUAUGCCUCAGAGACACUCGAAGAACAAUAACGAUCUAGCUUUCUUCACCUAUGAUGAGAAACGGAAGCUGGGAUAUGGAACGCAGAAAGAGAGGCUUGGGAAGGACUCGAUCAAGCCCUUCGAUGUCUGCUGCCUGUGCUUGAAACCCUUCAUCGAUCCCAUGUGCUGCCAGAAGGGCCACACGUUUUGUAAAGAAUGUAUUCUUGAGUGUCUUUUGGCUCAGAAGAAAGAUAUUCAGAGGAAGCUUGCUGCAUAUACUGCUCAGCAGAAACAAGACAAGGAAGAAGCAGAAGAGAAAUUGAGGCAACAGAAAGCUAGAGAGCUCGAUGCAUUUGAUCAGCAAAACCACGGUGCGGUACCACAAUACAACGACCGCAACCACAGCCAAGAUAAGAAUGGUUUCCAUGGAGCAAAUAGUGUAAAGGUUACGUCGUACGAAGAAGAGGCACUUCGGACCAUGAAGGCAUUUUGGCUGCCUUCAGCUACACCAGAAGCUCCUGUUAAAGCAGGAGCUCCUUCAAGCAGUACAUUCUGUCCCGAAGGCAACGAGAAACUUAAGCUAAAGUCCCUUUUCCCAAUACAUUUCACAGAGGACAAUAGUGAGCGGAAGAAACCGAAAUCUUACGACGUUACAUACAUAUGCCCUAGUUGUAAGGUUACUCUAACCAACACAAUGUCUCUUGUGGCCCUAAGCACAUGUGGGCAUGUGUUCUGUAAGAAGUGUGCUGAUAAGUUCAUGGCUGUGGAUAAAGUUUGCCUUGUGUGCAACAAAGGAUGCAAGGGAAGGGAUUUGGUGAACUUGGAGAAGGGAGGCACAGGGUUUGCUGGCCAUGGGGAUUCUCUUGAAGCAACAGACUUCAAGCAUUUGGGAAGUGGCUCUGGCUUGGGGCUGGUGAGGCCUGCCAUGAAGACUUAGUCCAUCGCCCGAGGGAAAUGUGUGGAAAUAAGAUGGGAAAAUGCAGUACAAGUACUGAACCUGUACAAUGUACUGCAAAAGUAACCCAAGAGAUCAAAUCAGCAGCCAUGGGAAAGGUCUGAGUACAACAAUUCAUUGAGUUCAUAGCCAAUGCUUGUACUGCAAAAUCCACACCAGUUUUGCUAUAAGUAGCAAUGAAAAUGCAAGAUUGAACAAACGGUGGUGUGCCUUUUGGUUUGUUUCUUUAAGAACUGGAGAUUGAAUUUGGUGGGAGUGCAGGCAGCAUUACAAUAGGCACAGUGAAGUGCCGAAGAAGCCCCGAAGGAACCAACUUUCGGUUCUAAUUUCAGUCACUAGCUUGCUUCCCUGUGUCUGUUGUAAUAUUGCCCACAACUCCUAGUCUUUGCCUAUUCUUAGACUUGUAUCGAUUUAUGUUCAGGAUUUGAUAUCCGAUAAUUUCGAUAUGAUCACAUUACUUAUUCUUUGUUUUUA